AACCGACUCUCAUCCCCCAGAUCUCCCCGCCAUGGCGUCCCCCACCUCCUCCUCCUCCUCCGCCUCCGCCGCCCCCUCCUCGGCCCCGGACCCCCCCGCCGCGGCAGCCGCCCAUCCCCUCCCGAGGCCGUCCUUCGUCUCCCCGCCUCUCCGCCCCCCGCCGCUCUUCUCCCCCCAGCCCCUCCUCGGAAAACCCCUAAACCCUCCCCCUCCCCCGCCACCUCAGGGCUUCCUCUACCACCACCGCGGCUUCCCGCCGAGGCCCGCUUCCCGGCCUCCCCCGGCCGCCGCCGAUCAGGCCGUCUCGGUGGCCAGUCCGGCCGGGUACAUCCGUAACACGACCCCCACCGCUGUCAUGACCUUUGCUGCCGUCACCCAGGCCAGGCCCUUCGUGUACGGCACUUCCGAUCAGAUGGUCGCGCAGGUGCACGUGCCGAUCCACCACGUGAGGCCGCCUCCCGCGCCUUCAGCUCAGCAGUCCGCGACGCCUCUUGUGGUCCCGAGGCCCACCGUCGCCGCCGCUGGCCCUCCACAGAGCAUUCCAGUAGCCGCCCUACCAAAGGUAACGCUACUCCCAUCAGUAUCCUCAACGCAAGAAAACAAAAAUGUUAAGGAGAGGGACAAGAUUAGGGAAGAUGAUAUUUUCAUGAUUAACGAUCGAAAAGUUAGAGUACUGGAUGGAUGCACGCCCUCUCUCUAUUCUCUUUGUAGAUCAUGGGUGCGGAACGGUCAGUCUCAUGAAAUUCAGUCAAAUUUUGGGGAUGCCGAGAAGCUCCUUCCAAGACCUCUGCCUGCAUCUAUGAUUGAUUCUCAAGUGAUGAAACAACACGAAAAUGAUGCUGAAGCUGAAGUUAUUGAGGAAGAAGAGCCUGUAGGUUCUGUUGAGGAGUUAUCUGAACGUGAUUUGCUAGAAAUACAUAUAAAGCAUGCAAAAAGUGUUCGGGCACGAUUGCGAAAGGAACGUCUUCGGAGGAUUGAACGGUGCAAACAGAGACUUGCCCUACUCCUACCUCCCCCAAGUGAGCUUGGCCGAAAUGAGACUGCUCCGUGAAAUUGGUUGGCAAUUAGGGGUCUGCUACGAUCCGAAAAUUGGCUUAUCCCACCAGCUAUAUCUUUCCUUUUAUCCCACGCCGGCAUGAGAGACUCUAUACCCGGAUAGCUGAUCCAUGUUGAAGAUGUGUAAGUACUUAAUUUGAGUUUUAAGCUUGAAGUGGGAUGAGGGAGAAGAUUUGAUGUGUUGUACACUAGUGUUCAAACUCACUGCUGCGUGCCAGCCCCCAUUUAAACUGCCUUCUUCAGAUGUAUUAUCCGAGGAUUCUAAAAAUUGAAGGAAUUGUAUGAGAAAUACUUAACAGGAUUUUUUUUUUUUCCAAAAGAAACGUCUAGGCUUCAUAAUUUGUUUAAA